AUCCACCCACCUUGGCCUCCAAAAUGUUUGGAUUACAGGCAUGAGCCACCAUGCCCGGCCGGUUUUAUGAGAUUUUUAAAUUCUUGCCAAUUUGGUCCAUGUGUGAUGGUGUUCUAUUGUGAUUUUAAUUUGUAUUUUCUGAUUUCUAAUGGAGUUGAACACCUUUUCACAUGUUCAUAAACCAUGUGGGUUUCCUGUUUUGGGAUAUGCCUAUUAACUUUCUUGUUGGUGGUUAGUCUUUUUAAAUGAAUAUUGACUAAUUCAUAUUCCAAAUAAUGUUUACUCUUUGUGUUUCUGCAGAACAAAUAGUGGAGAAAGAUGAAGGUCCAUAUUAUACUCACCUGGGAUCUGGCCCCACGGUCGCCUCUAUCCGGGAACUCAUGGAGGAGCGGUAUGGAGAGAAGGGGAAAGCCAUCCGGAUUGAGAAGGUCAUCUACACGGGGAAGGAGGGAAAGAGCUCCCGCGGCUGCCCCAUUGCAAAGUGGGUGAUCCGCAGGCACACGCUGGAGGAGAAGCUGCUCUGCCUGGUGCGGCACCGGGCGGGCCACCACUGUCAAAAUGCCGUGAUCGUCAUCCUCAUCCUGGCCUGGGAGGGCAUCCCCCGUAGCCUUGGCGACACUCUCUACCAGGAGCUCACCGACACCCUCCGGAAGUACGGGAACCCCACCAGCCGGAGAUGCGGCCUCAAUGAUGACCGGACCUGCGCGUGCCAAGGCAAAGACCCCAACACCUGCGGUGCCUCCUUCUCCUUUGGUUGUUCCUGGAGCAUGUACUUCAACGGCUGCAAGUAUGCUCGGAGCAAGACACCUCGCAAGUUCCGCCUCGCGGGGGACAAUCCCAAAGAGGAAGAAGUACUCCGGAAGAGUUUCCAGGACCUGGCCACCGAAGUCGCUCCCCUGUACAAGCGGCUAGCUCCUCAGGCCUAUCAGAACCAGGUGACCAACGAGGAAGUAGCGAUUGACUGCCGUCUGGGGCUGAAGGAAGGACGGCCCUUCGCAGGGGUCACGGCCUGCAUGGACUUCUGUGCCCACGCCCACAAGGACCAGCAUAACCUCUACAACGGGUGCACUGUGGUCUGCACCCUGACCAAGGAAGACAAUCGCUGCGUGGGCAAGAUUCCUGAGGAUGAGCAGCUGCACGUUCUCCCUCUGUACAAGAUGGCCAACACAGAUGAGUUUGGUAGCGAGGAGAACCAGAAUGCAAAGGUGGGCAGCGGAGCCAUCCAGGUGCUUACCGCCUUCCCCCGCGAGGUCCGGCGCCUGCCCGAGCCUGCCAAGUCCUGCCGCCAGCGGCAGCUGGAAGCCAGAAAGGCAGCGGCUGAGAAGAAGAAGAUUCAGAAGGAGAAGCUGAGCACUCCCGAGAAGAUCAAGCAGGAGGCCCUGGAGCUGGCGGGCAUCACGUCGGACCCAGGCCUGUCUCUGAAGGGUGGAUUGUCCCAGCAAGGCCUGAAGCCCUCCCUCAAGGUAGAGCCGCAGAAUCACUUCAGCUCCUUCAAGUACAGUGGCAACACGGUGGUGGAGAGCUACUCGGUGCUGGGCAACUGCCGGCCCUCCGACCCUUACAGCAUGAACAGCGUGUACUCCUACCACUCCUACUAUGCACAGCCCAGCCUGACCUCCGUCAAUGGCUUCCACUCCAAGUACGCUCUCCCAUCAUUUGGCUACUAUGGCUUUCCAUCCAGCAACCCCGUCUUCCCCUCUCAGUUCCUGGGUCCUGGUGCCUGGGGACACAGUGGCAGCAGUGGCAGUUUUGAGAAGAAGCCAGACCUCCAUGCUCUGCACAACAGCCUGAGCCCGGCCUACGGUGGUGCUGAGUUUGCCGAGCUGCCCAGCCAGGCUGUUUCCACGGACACCCACCACCCCACUCCUCACCACCAGCAGCCUGCAUACCCAGGCCCUAAGGAGUAUCUGCUUCCCAAGGCCCACCCAAUCCACUCAGUGUCCAGGGACCCCUCCCCCUUUGCCCAGAGCUCCAGUUGCUACAACAGAUCCAUCAAGCAAGAGCCAGUAGACCUGCUGACCCAGGCCGAGCCUGUGCCCAGAGACGCUGGCAAGAUGGGCAAGACACCUCUGCCCGAGGCAUCUCAGAAUGGGGGACCCAGUCACCUUUGGGGACAGUACUCAGGAGGCCCAAGCAUGUCCCCCAAGAGGACUAACAGUGUGGGUGGCAGCUGGGGUGUGUUCUCAUCUGGGGAGAGUCCUUCCAUCAUCCCCGACAAGCUCAGUUCCUUUGGGGCCAGCUGCCUGGCCCCUUCCCACUUCACAGAUGGCCAGUGGGGGCUGUUCCCCAGCGAGGGGCAGCAGGCAGCUCCCCACUCUGGAGGACGGCUGCGAGGCAAACCGUGGAGCCCCUGCAAGUUUGGGAACGGCACCUCUGCCUUGGCUGGGCCCAGCCUGACUGAGAAGCCCUGGGGGCUGGGGGCAGGGGAUUUCAACUCGGCCCUGAAAGGUGGUCCUGGGUUCCAAGACAAGCUGUGGAACCCCAUGAAAGGAGAGGAGGGCAGGAUUCCAGCCGCAGGGGCCAGCCAGCUGGACAAGGCCUGGCAGUCCUUCGGUAUGCCCCUGGGCUCUAGCGAAAAGCUGUUUGGGGCCCUGAAGUCUGAGGAGAAGCUGUGGGAUCCCUUCAGCCUGGAGGAGGGGGCAGCCGAGGAGCCCCCCAGCAAGGGAGCGGUGAAGGAGGAGAAGGCUGGUGGCGGCGUGGAGGAGGAGGAGGAGGAGCUGUGGUCGGACAGUGAACACAACUUCCUGGACGAGAACAUCGGCGGCGUGGCCGUGGCCCCGGCCCACGGCUCCAUCCUCAUCGAGUGUGCCCGGCGGGAGCUGCACGCCACCACACCACUCAAGAAGCCCAACCGCUGCCACCCCACCCGCAUCUCGCUGGUCUUCUACCAGCACAAGAACCUCAACCAGCCCAACCACGGGCUGGCCCUCUGGGAAGCCAAGAUGAAGCAGCUGGCGGAGAGGGCACGGGCACGGCAGGAGGAGGCUGCCCGGCUGGGCCUGGGCCAGCAGGAGGCCAAGCUCUACGGGAAGAAGCGCAAGUGGGGGGGUGCCAUGGUUGCCGAGCCUCAGCAGAAAGAGAAGAAGGGGAUCGUCCCCACCCGGCAGGCGCUGGCUGUGCCCACAGACUCGGCGGUCACCGUGUCCUCCUAUGCCUACACGAAGGUCACUGGCCCCUACAGCCGCUGGAUCUAGGUGCCAGGGAGCCAGCGUACCUCAGCGUCGGGCCCGGCCCGAGCUGUCUCUGUGGUGCUUUUGCCCUCAUACCUGGGGGCGGGUUGGGGGUGCAGAAGUCUUUUUAUCUCUAUAUACAUAUAUAGAUGCGCAUAUCAUAUAUAUGUAUUUAUGGUCCAAACCUCAGAACUGACCCGCCCCUCCCUUACCCCCACUUCCCCAGCACUUUGAAGAAGAAACUACGGCUGUCGGGUGAUUUUUCCGUGAUCUUAAUAUUUAUAUCUCCAAGUUGUUUUCCCCCCCUUAUUUGGGGGGCUUUUAUUUUCUCUUUGUUUUUAAAACUCUAUCCUUGUAUAUCACAAUAAUGGAAAGAAAGUUUAUAGUGUCCUUUCACAAAGGAGUAGUUUUAAAUUCCAUUUAAAAUGUAUUUAUUGGAUUUUUUAAAAGCGACAAUAGUAAUGGUAAAGGAUGGGCAGGAAAGGCCAGCAGUGCUCCCCCGCCCAAUCUCGCUGGGCCCGGCGAGCCAAGCCCCUCGGGCGCUGGCAAAGUCCUCAGCCAUCUGCCCCUCGAGAGCCAAGCGCAGACGGUAGCCACCCAGUUCAUCCCUCCCGACACACACACCUUCCCUUCGGGGAAGGGAGCCUCAGGACAGCCUCUGUCCUCUCCGAUAGGAUGGGAGAGUCUGCAGAAAACCAUCUGGGGUCCCUUUUCCAGCCCCCGGCUUGGAGUCGAGGGGCAGAUGCACCCCAGGCCAGCCCCCCUGAGAUGCUGGCACAGCUUUCCCCAGAAACCAGGUUGGAAGUAGAUGGCUUCAAGCUUGCUAGUCUCCACACUGAAUCCUCUGUCCGUUAUUUAUGGAGUCACACGAUGUCACGGUUCACUAGGCAGCACCUCAAGCUGGAACUGGAGUGCAAGGUUCUUAGGGGCCGCGCCUACCAUGUUGCCAAGCCAAUGCAUGCUGGGCUGAAGGAAUUUGUCUUAGUGGCAGUUUUUUUAAAAAAAUGCCCCCAAAGUCUAUGCUGAUAUUGAAAAAGGGCUACUGUAUCUAUCUUUAAAAACAGGAAGUUGAACCCAAGCUGUGAAAAGCCAGUGGUGCUCUGUGCAUGGUGCUGUGCGGAGCCUGGUGCUGUAUAGUGUUGUGCUGGGACUUUCUUGACUCUUGGGAAGGUCACAUCCUACAGGAGCUCAGCAGACCAGUGUAACAACAGUUAAUGCAUCUAUCCUGAUCCCUGAAUUUCCACAUUGGACAAUGGUGCAUGCCUCAUACCUGAGCCUGCUUCCUCCAUGCUAUCGUCAGGUUCAGGGGCCUACACUUAACAAUUUUAAAGUGCAAGAGUCAAACAUUUUCAACAGGUUGCUAUGAUUUUCCUCCCUAAUUGGUGCCAUUUCUCCAUUUGAUCAUUUUUUUCCUUUCUCCCCUCUUCAUCCACUUUAACAUACUCAUUCGAAAAUUCUGGUGCAUUCAUUCGGUUCUUUGAAAUGAGAAUGUGGUGCUUACUUUUUGUGACAUUGUUGAGAUAGGUUGGGCCUGAUGGGAGCAACACUCAUUGUCACCAAGUCAAACUGCUUGGGAGUGUUGGUUGUUCUUGUGAUAUUAGCAGAAAUGAUCUCACGCUACCCAUGUGGAUGUGGAUGUGGAUGUGGUGAAUGGGGGGCUUCAUCAGGACACACAGAGGGGAAUGUGGCCACACAGUGGAUGACCACCAAGCCCUGAGAUGACCAGGUAUUUACUGAGCAGUUGUAUUCAGAUAUGGGUCUUCAUGAAUCAUGUUUAACAAUAAGAUGACAGCUAGAGGCAAGUUCCUGAGCUUCCGGGUGCCUUGUUUAAGAGCUGAGAACCGGCCUGCUGGGUGUUUACUGUACCUGUUUGGAAGCACUGGCAGAGGGUCGUUGUAAGAUGUCCUGAGCAUUUAUGUGGUCUGGUUUUAACUGUAAAUAGUGAAAGAUUUUUUUAAGCACUUUUGCCUAGAUUUAAACAGCAACUUGAAAAAAAAAAUGUUUUAACAUGUAAUUGUGGGAGAAACUGUAAAUAGUAGCUGAAUAUUUAACGUGCUUUGUCUAUCCUCCACUUUUACCAUAUUCUGUAAAGUUGCAUUUAUUUUACAGGACAAAAAAUGAAAUAUUAUUGCUUUUGAAAUAAAUACCCAAGAGCUUAUCAGGACUUAGAAUUAUUCAGAACUCAGAUCUAUAGGAAAACCUCUGACCUUCAGUUUGACAAGCUAAAGGAAGCAGAGUCUUUAAUGAGCAUGCUAAUUUUCUAGUUUUGAGGAAAAAUUGGGUCCUUUAAAUGCUAUUUUGCUUAUCGCAUCAGUACUUUUAUGCAGGUCUCAUUUGACUCCGUGCUUAGGUAGAUGCGGGGGUGCCUUGAAAACUUCAUUUUAAAUGAUCUUAAGCAAGAAAUACAAUAUUUUACGAAACAUGUGGAGAAUGUGACCGUCUGUAUGACCCAUGAAGCCCCAGGUUGGCUGUUGGUUUGGAAGGUCCCGAGUGUAACCCAGGUGAUGCUGAUACUUGGCAUGUGUGAAUCUUCCUCAUGUGUGUUAAAUACACUCUUCCCUCAUCACCUUUUGGUAGGAAAGCCAUUAGAUGAAAGGAGAAACCAAUACAAGCUAAAAGCAUGCGACGUCUGUCCCCCAGCCCAAAAUGCCUUGGUUCAUCAGUUUCUAGGGUAGGAAAUAGGCUGCUGAGAGGUGAGUCAAGAGGCAGUCUCCAUUGGAUGUCCCCACUCCCCUCAGAAUAGCGUUUCCAGAGUUAGGCGGUGCGAUUGCCGUGCUCAAGCCCAUGCUGAUUUGUACACUACAUGUCUAACCUACCUCAAAUCUCAGUCAUUAAAAUUAGCAUGCUUUAGACAUAUAUUUAAAAAGUAACUAUGCACAGCUCUUUAUCCCCCCUUGCUGCUGAAGGUUUCUUAAAGAGAAAAAUCAAAUUUUUAUUUUUUACUGGCACUAUCAUUUUUUAAAUCCUAAAGAUGAUUAACAGACAUUUUUAUCAUGAGAAGAAAAAUAAAGCCAUUGCAACUAAAGAAACUAACAGCAUGACCAAGUUCGAAGAGUAAUAUUAUAGCAACGGAAACCGAUGGCGUCUCAGUCAUCUCCCCAGUGUGCCCUGUCCAUGGACACCAUCCACGUGCAGUGCAAAACAUUUGGUUCCUUUUCUGCUGUGUUUUGUUUUCCCUGCCUGUCGCGUGCAAGGGAAGUACUUGUAAAGUUCUGUGCUAAGAGAUUUUUAAAAUAAAAAUCGCUUUGCAGCAGGUUCUCACAAAAUAACUGGUGCUAGCUCAAGAAAUCAUUAUCUGACCAUCAGAAAUCUUGACUAAAGGUGUUGCAUGGAUUUGGGGGUUUUUUGGUUUUUGGUUUUGGGUCUGGUUUUUAGCAGGGCCAAUGUUUCCCACACCCCGGCUUCAUGGUUACUGCUUUGCCUUCUCACUAAGGUGACGAUGGUGUGCGUGGAAAGAGAUGAUAUACCCCACCGCCCCCUCUUGGUCCUUCCACCAGCCUCUUUUGGAAACAGUAGUUUGCAGAGCAAGGGAUUUUUAAAGUGCUAAAGCAAGGAAAGAAGUGGCAGAGCUUAACUGCUUUGUAUCACACAGCAGCAGAUGUGCAAGGAUGGUUGACAAUGAGUCAAUGAUAACCUGAUUUCAUUGAGAGAAAUCCAGCCAGACUUGCUUCUAGAGGUUUAACCACCAUGAGAUCUCAAAGCAAGGCAAAGCUGGUGGAAAACAAUAUGAUAUCCCUGACGUGCCUCAACCAGUAUCUCUUUCCUUUUGUUACUGAAGUGUGUUUUAUGGACUAGGAAGCAUUUUUAUGAAUUGAAAUAGUCUAAAUAAAAUGGUGCUAUGGUGUUUUAAUGUGACUGUCCCUGAUCCUGUCUUGCUGAGGUGCUAUCAACGUUCUGAAACCACAACCAACCAAAAACAAGGUGGGCUCCAGUCUCUUGGCUUUUGUUUUCCCUCCCCUCUUUUGGUGCUGUCUUAGACCCGUUUACCGUGCUAUAAUCUGCUCUGAGCAGUGUUGUGUUUUGUUGUAUCGUUCUUCCCUUGGUGGCCAAACAAAGCAAGUCGAGAAGGCAGCUAGCUCCCUUGCUGUGAUCCGGAGUGGGCCUGCCUGGCUUUGCAGGUGCUUUGGUUCCACACUUGUCUUCUCAGGCUUGAUGUGAGAGAAAGGGCGAAGGGUUUUUUGAGUUUUUGUUUUUGAGGAAGGGGAGUUGGAUACUCCUGCCUCUCCUAGCAUGAUAGGCAUUCUCAUAGCCAGGGACACAGAUUUUCUCCUGCAGCCCAGGGUGCUAAGCAGACAUCUCUGGAAGUCCCAAGGGCACACCAAGAGAGACCAGAUGGACCUCCUUCCUCCCCUGGCACUGGCCGGGACCGUGGUGGGCAGGGGCUUCAUUCUCUAACCCAGCGUUGCUUCUGCCUCUCAUUGGUAACCCAUUAUGUUCAGACUAAAGGAAGGAGCUUUCUUUGCUCACUCGAUGCCACUGAGGCUGCUUUUUAGUUGGUGCUAACCUAAAUUUCAUCUUGGGUCCACAGAAGUUGAUGUUUUAAAAACAACAGGAAGCUCCAUUUUGUGUCAUCCACUGUCACAAUAAUUUUUUUAAAUACCUCAAAAACAGGACAUCAUGACAACUUCAGUAAAGUAGAUUCCAUGAGGGUCUGAUACCUGCAGGUUGUCCGUCUCAUGACGUACUUGACCUUGAAAAAUCUGGGGUCAUUUUGUUUUUCAUUCUUCAGCAGUUAAAAUAACGGAACGCCGAAAGGAAGGAGUGUGGUUGGCUGUAGUUCAUGUUUAAGUUUUGCUUUUGAAUAAAAUGUGAAUUUUCUAUGCCCAUCUCCUUGAGCUUUCUUGGUCAUUGUUGCUGUCAUUUGAAAUGACUCCCUCAAAACCUAGUUUUAUCAGCCAGCCACCUCUGCUGUAGUACAUGGCCAACUUCAGUAUACCCUGGACCAAAACAUUUUUGAGGUGCAUACCCCCAGCAUAAGUUACACAGUCCCACAUCCAGGUGCACAGUUUCCUCCACAAGUGCGGGGAGAGGGGCGGCCCCCUCUGGUGCUCCCAGCCCUUCCUCCUGCAGAGCUGCAGGCAAGAGCAGAGCAAUAGGCUUCUCACCUGAGCAGAGACCGCAGCACAGAAAUGCGAGGUCUAAAGUUGCUUUUUGCCUAAGAAUCAGCGAGCGAUUUGGCCUACUUCCUCAUUGGCUUCUAUUCUGAUAUCAGGGAUGCUUUUUGUAGUGGUAUUGUUUGCUCCCUCUUCGCGUUUUGACUACCCGUCAUUCAGGGGUAACUCAUCACUCUUCACGUGGGGAUUUAAAGUAAGAAACUAAUUGGCUUAUUUGAACAUUCCAAAUUUUCUUGGUUUCAAUGCUUUUUUUUUUUCUUUUGAGGGGAAAAGAGGGGAGAAAAACAGGAGUGAUGUCAUUUCUUUUUCAUGUAUUCCAAUCAAAGAAACAAGGGCAGGUUGUAUAGUGGCAUAUUAAUACAUUAGACUUAAUCUAGAACCCCUGUAGCUUUUUGAUGUGUUUUAUUUCUUAUCUCUUUGAAUUCCUGUUUGGUUACUUGGCUUCCAAUGGAGGUGAACUUAACAACCAUACUUGAAUAUUCCGUCUUGACUUUGUAAACUGUGGCUACUUGAAAUGAAGUUUAUCUGGGGUUGAUGGAUGAAUGGUAGAUUUUUGCAAUGUCUCAAGGCAAUAGGAUGUGUAUUAAACUGUAGAUAUUCUUAGUACAGUAAAUUUAUGCUGAUAAUUUUAUUUUGUAUAAUUUUUACCUUUUUGUUAAUAUUUUUUCUUUCCACUUUUUUGGUUUGCCUCCUGAGCUACCCCUCCUUACCCUCCUUUUUCCCCCAGUGUUUCAGUAAAUUUAAUUUAGGGUGCCUAGAAAUUGCAAGUAUGUAUCCUUUUUGAUUUGUAUUUUAUUAUAAUUUACACAAACAGCUGGGUUUGUGAACUGUAUUACUCCUGGUAUCUUUAAAAUGUUGUGGGUGUUUUAAUAAAUUUUAUAUUUAUUUUUUGCACUCAAA